GAACCCUCCCUCUCUCACCUUCUCCACAAUCCUAGAAUAACUCCACAGUUUUAUUCAAAACAAUGAAAGUGAAAAGGAAUUAAGACUUCAAUUGACCAACUGUGCAUAGUUAUUCCUCCUGGGAGCUUUAAAUCCUUAUUUCUAUAAACAGUGUAUAUCCACAAAUGCGGACCUUGAGAUGGGAUUGUGAAGUAUUCUUUCCUCCAUGAUUGAGGAAGUUAGCAUGUUGAAGGUCCCUUGUUUACUUUCAUGCAUUUUGAAUUUAAAGGUAAUUUAAACAUUGCCAAUUGUGGCAGGUUUUUCUGGGCUAGAGAACAACAAAUAGCCUGACCUGAAAUACAGUCAGCCCUCCACAUUCUCUUGUUUAGCAUCCGCGGAUUUGGUUAUUUGUGAAUUUGCCAUCACCAGACACAUUACUCCUGCUUUCCAGGAUGGAAAUGGCACUUUGUUCAGUUUCCUUAGUCCAUAUAGAUAGGGAUGUAGACUAAGUUAAAGUCCUCCAAACCUUUGCUCUUUCUGUGUUCCCAUCUUUAUGAGCUAAGGAACACAAAGAGUGUACCCUUGGUGGUCAGCCACUGUCACUGCCACCCAUCGCCUGAGGCUUGAGGCUGCUGUGUCCACACUCAUGGGGCAGUCUUGGGCUUCAGGAGGGUGGUAGUGGCAAUGGCACCCAGCUGCCAGGUGCAUAUUUUGCCACCAGGUGCACAUUCUCCUUCCUCUUGAAUCUUGAGGCUGUCGUGUGAAUGUGCAUGCAACAGCUUGGGUGGACGGUGGUGGCAGCAUCUGGCCACCAUGCAUGCAUUCUCUCUUCUCCCCCAGCUUCCAGGGAGCCCACCAGCUGCUUGCUUUGUACACACCACCAUUCAUCAUCUCCGCUGCUUCCCAUUGUAUUCAUGUUUUUCCCCCACUUUUGUAUGGGGUCCUGCACCCCUACCCCUGCAAAGAUAGAAGGCCAGCUAUAAAACAAUCUCAUCCUACUGUCUUAAGGAACUGGCAGAAAGCAUCUGCAAGCAAUGACAGCUCAGGGGUCUACAGUGCAAAUUUACCAUUUAAGAUGAGGCAGAGGCAAAACCUGGAUCCUGCUGCUAGUUCUAACUAGAUUAAACUUACUGAAUCAAUGAGAGUUACUCAUGUGUUGAUUCACUAUUUAACAAUUGGUUUAAUGGAUCUACAUUAUUAAAAUAAUGCUAUGACUUCAAGGCAGGCAACAACAACAAAUCAUUUAAUUUGGCACCAAACUAUAGCCAACAUUGGUGCCAGUCAUGGAGGAAGGCAUCCCACAGCCAUUUUCAAUGUCUUCGCUCAAUGUAUUGCCUCCCUUACUGGUGGGCUUCUCCUGCAGAUCUUAGUCCUCGGGUAGGAGUAUAUAGGAAGUGGCACUCCUUUAAGUGUGCAAAGUUGUUUAGGGUUAGCAACAGCACAAAUUAGGAAAGAACAUUGUGUCUUCAAUCCAAACUGAAGUGGAAAAAAGUCUAACACUCCUUUCCUCCAUUCUCCAAGAUAGUUGGGAUGCACAAAAGGUGAGAGGAAUAAGAAUUAUAGGGAGAUGAUAGAACAGCAAAAGGAAGGAAGGAAGGAAGGAGUAUUUCUUUUGCUUUUUCAGUUUAAUAUCACCAACUGUGGUAGUGAACAGAGAACACUGAAAUUACACAGUCCUUAUUUGAAGGGUUUAUAGUCUAACAUGAUCUGAGAUUCUAGAUCAGCUACUUACUUAAGUAGUGUCUCCUAGACUAACCUGUUCAUUUGACUCCUACCUUACUGGAAAACAGCUAUUUGUGCAUUCACAAACAUCUGUUGGGGUAAAAAAGUCUUUGCCUGCCCACAGAAAGGCAGUGAGUAGGGGACUAUUCUAGCUUUCCCAAGAAGGGAGUUUCAGGGACUUACCUAACUAAGGCCAGUCACUCAACAAGUAAGACAUCUUUUAGUACCUUUCACCCAUCCUCUGGUGGUCCCAGAGGAUGUUGUUGUGCAUCUGGCUAUGGGAGUACAUACAGCCAUGUGCUUCUUGGUUUUCUUCCACUCUCCACCAGCCACUACAUGGUUGUGUUACAGGGGAGCAAGAAACUACUGGGUUGUAAGGAAGGGGAGAGGAGAGGCAGGACAUAAUUCUGCCUGGACAAAACUUUAUGCCUCAUCUCCUAGUGCUUGUGGUUAAUAUAAUUUUAUGAAGGAAUAUUUGGCAACAAUCAUAGCUGGUCCAACAAUGUGGGGGUAAAAUAGGAUGUGAGCACAAGACCUCCAAAUCUCUAGGUUGGCUGUUUGGCUUCUGAUUUCUUUUCAAGUUUUGUUUGUUUGUUUAGUUACAAACUGGCACAAAGUUAAGAAUGCUUGAACCAAAGGAAAACUUGUGGAUUCACUGCACCUAACCUACAUAGAUAAUCUCUCCAUUUGGAACUAUAGCCUUUCAGCAAUAAAUAACACUUCGGACGUGGUUGAGAGGCACAUUAUGAAUGAUGGAUGGUGUGCAAACUUUAACAAAUGUAAAAUUAAAUCCUUUGUUCCUAUCUCACCACCCUGGCUCCUAACCACAGGGACGUGAACAUUGUAAUUCUAUGGAGCGCAGGUCCAUAACAAAAGCAAUUUCAGCAUCUGCAUAGUCCCCAGGGUUCUUUCAGAAAAUCUGUUUCAGUUAAACCAGCUUCAAAAUGGUAUGUACACAGUUCCAAGGCUCUGUUAACAUUAGGCAAAUGAAACAGCUCCUUCACGCAGCAGAUUUCGGGUGUCUCGAAAGGGUAACAAACUGCAAGGUUAUUUAAUUUGUCAGUAUUGUAUUUUUACUGUUACGAAUAGGAAGAGAUCCUGCAAGGAAUUUUUUUUCCCUCCUGUGCCAAAAUAACCUGCCUGUGUUUGGAUACUAUGUAUCUUUAACUGGAUGGGAGAAGGUCAUGGAGGAUGGUGGCUUCCAUGUCAGUGAGUCAGUGAAUCUGCUCCAAGGUUUAGCCUGAACGUUAAAGAGGCUAUCCAAGGUGCUGAACUUGUUUUGGCACUAGUGUUUUGGCUCAUUCAAAGUUCAUCUGGAUAGCUCAUUUAAAGUUCAAAUUGAAACCCAGGAAAGACACGCUAUUGCCACUGACAUAGAAGCCAGCAGCAAAAUGUCUUAGGCCAGUCCUCAGCAUCUAACUGAGGAGAUAUUUCAGUGUGGAAAGAAGUGAACGUGAGUCAGUAACCAUUCUUAAUUUUAGGUAUGAUUAGGCAAAGCACAGAUUUAGGCAUCCUUGGUGGCUGCUCUUUGGCCUGGAGAUUUCUAAUAGUCUUGAUUUUUUCAGAAAUAGCAUGUGAUGUUAGGUUUGGCAGAUGUAAAUGGAAAGGCUCAGCCUUUUGAAAGGGACAGUCAGGAAAGUAAGUAUUUCCUCUACAAGUUUUGUAUCUAUGGGCUAUGUCCAAGCUCUGUAUUUCAGUAUUUUUGUUUUGUAGUAUAGCCUCAGAUAUCACCUGUCAAUCCUGGAUACAUAAUUAAUAGUGCCAACCUUAACUUGGAUUAUUAUGAUCAGUGCUGACUUAAGUCUAGAUUGUGCUGACACCAAUAAUGCAGGCUUACCCAGGAUAACAUUUUAUAAAGGCAGGAUUAUUAUCCUGGAAUAUCCCCACAAAUAUCUUCUGCUGUUAAGGGGGUUAUUCUAGAGAAGAAGAGAAAUACUUACUUUCUGGAAACAAGUACCUAAAGAGCUGUCACGAUGAAUGGAACAGAAGGUCAAAAUUUCUAUAUUCCCAUGUCCAACAAGACUGGUGUUGUUCGGAGUCCUUUUGAAUAUCCUCAGUACUAUUUGGCAGACCCUUGGCAGUUCUCUGCGCUGGCUGCUUACAUGUUUCUUCUGAUUCUUCUGGGAUUUCCUAUCAACUUCCUGACUCUCUUUGUCACCAUCCAGCACAAGAAACUCAGGACCCCCCUGAAUUACAUCCUUCUAAAUCUGGCCAUAGCCAAUCUCUUCAUGGUUUUAAUAGGCUUUACCACCACCAUGUACACAUCUAUGAAUGGAUAUUUCAUUUUUGGGACGAUAGGAUGCAACGUUGAAGGCUUCUUUGCUACACUGGGCGGUGAGAUAGCUCUGUGGUCUCUGGUAGUCUUGGCUGUUGAAAGAUAUGUAGUGGUCUGCAAGCCUAUGAGCAAUUUCCGUUUCAGUGAGACCCACGCCAUCAUUGGGCUGGGUUUCACUUGGAUCAUGGCAUUGGCCUGUGCUGGUCCUCCUCUCCUGGGAUGGUCAAGGUACAUCCCGGAAGGCAUGCAGUGCUCAUGUGGAGUUGAUUAUUAUACCCCAAACCCAGAGGUCCACAAUGAAUCCUUUGUCAUCUAUAUGUUUUUGGUCCAUUUCGUCACACCAUUGACAAUUAUAUUCUUCUGCUACGGGCGCCUUGUCUGUACGGUUAAAGCGGCUGCAGCUCAACAACAAGAGUCUGCCACCACCCAGAAAGCUGAGAGAGAAGUCACUCGCAUGGUCAUCCUCAUGGUCAUUUCCUUCCUGAUUUGCUGGGUCCCCUAUGCCAGCGUUGCUUUCUACAUCUUCACUCACCAAGGAUCUGACUUUGGCCCUGUCUUUAUGACCAUCCCAGCCUUCUUUGCUAAGAGUUCAGCUAUCUACAAUCCGGUGAUUUACAUCUUAAUGAACAAACAGUUCCGCAACUGUAUGAUCAUGACCCUCUGCUGUGGAAAGAAUCCUUUGGCUGAGGAGGACACCUCUGCUGGCACAAAGACAGAGACAUCUACAGUCUCCACGAGUCAGGUUUCCCCUGCAUGAAUUCGCCAAGAAAAUCUUUAACUUUGACAUGUUUCAUUUGCAUGGUUGCACUGCCACCCACACAAUCUGCAGCAAGCUAUUUGCAACUCAGACGGCAGAAUGAACUGUGACUAUCAGGCAAGCAAGAUAAUAGUCACUUUUACGGCCACAUUUGAUAUGGAUAUCAAUCCAGACCCAUGGCCAUGACAAGUCACACACAUUAAAGAUUCUAGAAUUCCCCUCUCCAUCUAAGACCACACAUACAAAUCAAGUUCCUUAUUUAGUGCUUGCAUUGUCACAAUCCCUUUUAUUCUGUUCUACAGCUGCUCCAUCUGUGUAUAUAAGCUUGCCUGAGGAUGUGUGACUAUACCUAAGGAUCCAUUCCCACUUUUGGCCUUUUCAUCUUCCACACAGUAUCUUUUCCAAAAUUUAUAUAAAAUGAAAAAUUGCUCAUUUGGGGAUAGCAAUCAAAUUUGGGUUCUACUCUUGUUUGUAUCAUGUCUUAUGUCAAGACUUAUUGGAGUUUUCGUUUAAAAUAAAUAAUUAAUGAACCUCAGUUUUGGGUACUAGGAGUGAAUCUAAAUUUAUAUUGGUUUCAUUUAUCAUCAUAGAACUUUGUAGCAUAAACACAGGAUUUUGUUUAUCUUCAAGUCAAUACAAUUUUAAGUGCAAUAAACAUGU